AUGGGAAGGCGGCUUCUAGGGUUUACUUGCACCUACGCCGCGCGCGCCGUCAUCGACCCGACGCCAGAGGUCGAGUCUUCCGAUCCAAUCGAGAAUGUCAAGGCCAAGAUCCAGGACAAGGAGUACAGAAAGGAGGGACUUACUCUGCUAUGCGCCGCCGCUACACGUAUCCUCCGCAGGCCCGCGUCCGAGGUCGAGUCUACCGACGCGAUCGACAAUGUCAAGGCCAAGAUCCAGGAUAAGGAGUAUAGUAAGGGAGUAUCAAGGUCGCCUUUGCGUCGCCGCUGUGCACCGCAUCCGCAAACCCAGAGCACCGCAUCAUGGACAUUCCGCAUCACCUUGAUGUAUCACUCUUAG